AAUAAUAAUAAAAUAAUAUACUAUUAAAUAUCGAUUUUUUUUUUUUUUUUUAAUUAAAAAAAAAAAUUAAUAUAUUUUACAUUAAUAUUACACACACUAUUUUAAAAGAUAAUAAAAUAUAGAAUUUAGUAAACCGAUACUAAAUAAAAAAAAAGAUAAAAUAAAAUAAAAAUAAAAACAAAAAUAAUAGAUAAUAAUAAUAAAAUGAAAUCAAUAUUUACAAAUUUAAAUAAUAUAAAUACAACACAUUUGGCGGGAGCAUCAUUGUCAUUGUGGUUUGUUUUAAAUAUUAGUACAUUGAUAUUAAAUAAAUAUAUUUAUUCAUCAUUGUAUUUUUAUUAUCCGAUCACAUUGACAGCAAUUCAUAUGCUCUUAUGUUGGGUUGGAUCCGUUUUUGUAUUAAAAGUUUAUAAACUAAUUCCAUUAAUUCAAAUUUCAUGGAGUUCUCAAUUCUUUAAUAUUCUUAUACUUUCGAUUUUAUUUUGCUCCAAUAUUGUGUUUGGUAAUGUCAGUUUAAGAUGGGUGCCAGUAUCAUUUAUGCAAACCGUUAAAAGCUCAGUUCCAUUGUUCACCGUCAUUCUUCAAACAUUGUUCUUUAGCAAGAGAUUCUCAAGAGAUACCUAUCUUUCAAUGAUACCAAUUGUCGGUGGUGUAUGUUUAGCAUCGGUAUCCGAAGUAAACUUUAAUCAAGCUGGUUUUAUCGCUGCUCUCGCCUCAUCUGUUCUCUCUGCCAUAUUUGCCAUUGUCAGUGGUUUGAUCCUCACCCAACAAAUGAAUGCCGUCAAUCUCCUCUAUUACAUGUCGCCUAUCUCUUUUUGCCUAUUAUUCCCAAUUGCCGCAUUCACCGAAUUCGAAUCGAUCCAAUCUGAAUGGGCCCUCUAUGGCGAAAGUAGACCAGUGGUAAUUUUGGCUUUAAGCGGUGUCAUUGCUUUCUUAUUAAAUACAUUUACAUUCUUGGUAAUCAAGUUCACAUCACCUUUAACCUAUACAGUAUCCGGUAACCUUAAAGUGGUCCUUAGUAUUACCAUCUCUAUUUUAAUCUUUAAAAAUGAAACCAACUUUUUAAAUAUAGUUGGUUGUGCUAUUGCUGUUAUUGGUGUAAUUUGGUACAGUCAAAUUAGAUACGAAGCUUCAAAACCAAAAGUUAUUGAAGUUUCAAAUUUAUUAGAUAGUAAUGAAAUUGAUAAAGAAAAAUUAUUACCAAAAUAAAGAAAAAUAAAUAAAUUAUAAAAUUAUAUAAAUAG